AUGGAGCCCUCUGACGCGCAGAGACUCUUCCAGCUGGAGACGGAGGCGGAUGCCCUCGUGAACUUCCAGCACUAUUCUUCGCAGCUGCCGCCCUUCUACGAGAGCUCCAGCCACAUCCUGCACGUGGAGGUCCUGCAGCAAUUGACCGACCUCAUCCGCAACCACCCCAGCUGGUCGGUGGCCCACUUGGCGGUGGAGUUGGGGAUCCGAGAGUGUUUCCACCACAGCCGCAUCAUCAGCUGCGCCAAUAACAGGGAGAGUGAGGAGGGCUGCACCCCCUUGCACCUGGCCUGCCGCAAGGGUGACGGGGAGAUCCUGGUGGAACUGGUGCAGUACUGCCAUGCCCAGAUGGACGUCACGGACAACAAUGGGGAGACAGCCUUCCAUUACGCUGUCCAGGGUGACAAUGCCCAGGUGCUGCAGCUCCUAGGGAAGAACGCAUCAGCUGGCCUGAACCAGGUGAACAACCAGGGACAGACUCCGCUGCACCUGGCCUGCCAGAUGGGGAAGCAGGAGAUGGUCCGCGUGCUGCUCCUUUGCAAUGCUCGGUGCAACAUCAUGGGGUCCGCUGGCUACCCCAUCCACACGGCCAUGAAGUUCUCCCAUAAGGGGUGUGCUGAAAUGAUCAUCAGCAUGGACAGCAACCAGAUCCACAGCAAAGACCCUCGCUACGGAGCCAGCCCCCUCCACUGGGCCAAGACCGCUGAGAUGGCCCGCAUGCUGCUGAAACGGGGCUGCGACGUGAACAGCACCAGCUGCGCGGGGAACACGGCCCUGCACGUGGCCGUGAUGCGCAACCGCUUCGACUGUGUCAUGGUGUUGCUGACCUACGGGGCCAACGCCGACGCCCGCGGGGAGCACGGCAACACCCCACUGCACCUGGCCAUGUCGGAGCCUUCUGUGUCGCCCUCUCAGCCCAAAAUACCACCUCCUUCCUCUGCGCUGCAGUUCCUCUCCCUCCUGUGCUCCCCAUUUGACAAGGGCAUGGGGUGA